CGCCGCUGCGGCAGGGCGCUCCGAGCUCUCGGCUGCGGGCGGGAGGCGCUCGUCCCCGCCAGAGGCCUCUGGGCGAGCCCGGCCUCCUUCCCCGCCGGCCGCCCUCUCUUGUGCCAUGGGAAGGCGGCGGGGCGGCCUUGGCUUGACGACGGCGCGGAGCGGCGACCGACUGAGCGGCGGAGAAAGAGAAGCGGCGGGUGCGGCUCCGCGGCCAGGCCCAGCCCGACCCCCCGCCAGCGCUGCGCCAAGGCUGAGGAAGACGGAGCGGCGGUUCCCCUCAGGUUGUCUUUACGCUCUCAGGAGUGUGUGAAAGCUACUCAGCCCCGAGACACCAGAGCACCCGGCUUGGAAGAUGACUGGAGUUCAGAUUGACAGCUCUCGACUGCCUCCGGUUCAGGAAGUUUGCCGAGAUUUUGCUGUCCUUGAAGAUGGAGCUUUGGCCUACUGCCUGCAAGAACAAGAGAAUGAGCAGCAUUACACCUCCAACGUCCAGAAGAACCAGCUGGUUCAGAAGGACAUCCAGAUCGCCAGGAGGCUGCAGGGCAUGGAGGAGGAAGAGAGGAAGCUCCAUAACUCUCAGCAGCAGAAGCAAAUCGAAGAGAGUGACUCUGAAAUUGCCCGUGCCAUCCAGGAAGAUAUUCAGAGGAAAGCCGAAGAGAGUCGCCAGCGGGAGGAGAGAGACCAGGAGCUAGCCAAGAGGUUGCAAGACUUAGAAGAGGAAGAGAUCCGACGGCAGAAGCAGAGGUUCGAGAACUCCAAUGGCGAGAAAGGUGAUGACGCUGAACCUCUGCAUUGGGCAAUGGCAAAUUUGGAACUCCAGACUCUGGAACAGCUCCGCCAAGAUGAAGAACUAGCUCAGAGACUGCAAGAAGAGGAGCAAGCUUCUAUUAGAGCCAGGAAGAACCGGGAGCGUAACGAUGACUACAGAGCUGCCCAGGUGGCUCAGGAUGAGGAGAUCGCUCGAUAUAUGCAAGACCAGGAACUGAAAGCCCAGUGGAGAUCCUCCGGCAAGGACGGAGCAGCUGAGAGCAUCAAGGAGGUGCACAGCCUCUCUGAACGGAGACGGAGCCGAGGUCUAGAGGAGGCCCAGCACAGCUGUGGAGCUUCAUCCCCUGCCAGAGUCCAAUCCCUGGAAAGAUCAGAUGCUCCCUCAAGAGGAGGCCACGCGGACACGAAGCCUCAGCUUUGCCGGAAUAUCGCUGAAGAUCUGGAUCCAACCUUUAAAGCCAAAAGAACGGAGCCACCUUCUGAUGUGAGCACAGUCUGUUCCCAAGCUGUGGGCUCAGUACGUCCUGUUCCAGUGGAUGGCCUCUUUGACUAUAUGGAUGAGAUUUCAGAACCCACCUUUGUAUCCCCCACCAAACGGCAGCCAGAAAAGGUGAACCGCCAGAAAUCCAGGGACAAAAAGGAAGGCUGCAAGCAACAAUGAGCCCCUGGUUAUCCAUCCCCACCCUCUGCCACUGACAGUAUAUUUCUGCACCAGAAUUGCAAGUUUUUCCUUGUUUGUACCUCACCAUCAGGGAACAAGUCUGCCAUGGUGGACUUAGUUCCUGCUCAGGGCUUCCUUUGUUCUAGCACUGAGGCAUUUGAUUAGAUGCGGCAGAUACAAAAGAUCGCCAGUGCAGCUACCAUUUUGGUUUCAAAAGAACUGAAAAUGGAAGCGACACAGCUUAGACAAAAGCAGCAUAGCCCUAGCUCAUUCAUGGGGGAGGUGGGGGGGGAAUGCAAAAAACACAAAGCGUAGCAAUUCCUUCUCUCCCAGGAGAAGUUUGAACUCUUGCAUCCAGAACCAUCUAGCCAUUAGGGUGCUUUCACUACAGUGCAAAAUAAUGGCUUUGCAAUGCGCUGUUUGUCAGGUGACUACGGGCAAAGCCAAACCACAUGUAGAGUAGGAUGCUUCUGUAGCCAGUGGCUCUCAGUCCUUCCCUGGAAAACACUGUUGGCUAAAACUUUUUCUUGACAGAGAAUACAGACACAGCCUCUUGCAAAUGUUCUGUAGCAGGGGAUAUGGUGGGGGAGCUAAGAUGGAAGUAGGGCAACACAUGAGGUUUGGAAAGGACAAAAGGGUGGGGAGUUUGGGCUUUUCAACAUUUCUCCUUCAAAUAUGAAACGCGAACAAGAUAUAAAAACAGAGUAUUCUAUUAAGUGCUUUGUGUUUCUGCAGUUACAUUACUUUUAUGCAAACAUAUGAUCCACAGGCAGUGAGUAAAUGAACGGCCAAAUACGCACAACGCUUUCGAGGUAGAUUAGAAGCUGAUCUUCCACAUGCCACCCUAGUAGCAAGCAGACGAGCCUCUUUUUCCUCCCCUCCAAGUAUCAGUUCAGAUGCUCCUGGAUCAUGGACUUCAAGAUGUGCAAUUUGGAAUUGGUGCUAAAUGUGUUAAUUUGCACUUUUUUCUUUUUUUAAAAAAAGAAUAAUAUGCAUGUGUAUAUUUACAUAUAUAUCUAUAUAUAUGAAUCCUCUGCACCAAGAGCAGGGCCUGGUAGCAGCAGGUGCUGCUUAGCAGUUCCAUUGCAAAGAGUCUGGCUGAAGAAAAAGCUAGUUCCACUCGGCUUCCUUAGAAAUCGGUGCAUGUGUUACGUGUGUAUAUAAUAUAUACAAAAGAAAUGUGGUAUCUCUUUCAUUAAAGAAGUCCUUACUUGA